AUGGAUGCGCGAGGGGGCCCGCCUGCGAUCCGGUCACUGCACCUGCUGCGCUCGCUGCUGCGCGAGGCCUCGUACCUGCCCGACGCCGCCGCCCGCGACUACUUCCGCCGUUACAUCGUCGCCCGUUUCAAGGCCUAUCAGCCCUCCGCCAACGGGACCGCCGCCUUCGACGUGCACGCCGUUGCGAAGUACCGCCACCGCGCCUUCAAGCGCCGCCAUACGGGCAUCAUCAAUGCGCGAGUGGCCCAGCAGCAGCGCGUCGCGCACAAGGGGCUGAAUUUCUUGAGGCGCGCCAACCAGGGCGAGGGCCCUUGCAUUCAGAGGGUGCUGUGGGCUGCCUAUGGCCGUCUCGGCCGGCGCAAGCAUGCUCUGCUGGGCGACCUGCUGAAGCCCGACCCGCUGUGGCCCGAGGGCACGCCGCCGCUGCAGCAGCUCUACCGCAGCAGCCUGCAAUGUCUGCAGUACUUCGAAGCCCCCGUCGCCCGCGACGGCAUCAACACCAUCAACAUCUCGCGCCAGUACCCUCGUCUGCGCGCUAUCGUCACCUCCCAAGUGCAGAAUGAGCGGGCCCUGGGCCGAGAGAUCAAGCGCCCGCACCUUAGGACGCCCGUGUUGAACAUCUGGGAGCGGCCAAUGCCCCUCAAGCGCGCAGCGAACAACGUGCGCCGCUGGUACGCCGAGACCAUGACGCGCCUGCUCCCAGCACUGCCCGCCGACGAGUGGGACAGCAUCGACGCCAUGAGCACCGGCCGGCAGCGGAUUGCAUUCGUACCGCGACGUAGGACGGUCGGUUCCGUAUCCGAGGAGCGCAGUCUCGAGCAGAUGGUGCGGCACAGUCUUGCAAUGGGCAAGCCCAGCAAAGCAGAUAGGCGGCAGGGCAUGGAUCGGCCGCGCGCCUUUUCCGCCCGCUACAUGCAGCGGCUGUACUCACGGCUCCUGGCACUUUCGUGCAAGCUCGAGUAUGACGAGGUACGCAAGCAAUGGACCGCUGUUUGGGGACAGCCCAAGGCGAGCAGACCUGCAAGCCACGCUGCUCCGGUCGACGACGCGCUUUUCAGCGGUGUUGAUGUAAGAGGUCGCGUCACCAAGGCCGAGCAGCAUGUCACGCCAGGUCGCUCAUCCAAAUAA